AUGGCCCACGAACAAAUCCACAGUGGCCAUUUCAUGACGUCAAAUCCGCACACGGAGGUUAACGCGGAUGACGACGACGAAGACAUUGAAGUUUGUUUGAAAAAUAAAAACGGUUUUCUCAAUUCUAUGCUCUGUCGGCCUGUUAGAAUUUUGCAGCUGCGUUUUUAUAUGAAGGGAAUUAUCCGCAGUUUUCGAUUAGUUUCAAAGACCUCUGGCGGUUACGUGUGUUCGAUUCUUAUUGCUUUCAGUUUUUGCCCGAUGUAGCAAAUUCAUAAAAAAUCACAAUAUUAUAUAUUAAUCAAUUAAGAUAAACUCGCUUCUGAUAGAAACUUAUAUAUCUCCUUGCAUUUAUAGCUUCGAAGGGAAAAAUUACAGGAAAGUAUGGAUAUAUGGCUCUAAACACAUCUAGAUGAACUUUUCUAGUUUUUUUUAACUCAGAGAUUGAUAAAGUUGGGUUUUUUUUUUCUGAUUUCCUAAUCCAUGUUUGAAACCGAAUCUCAUAAAACCAAUUUUUUUUUUCAAACCCACUUUCUUGCUUUCAAUUGAGUUCCUAGGUCGACGUCGUCGAAGAUGACGAAAAGCCAGAGGACACCAGCGUUGGAUGCAGCAACCAAAUAAAGGAGUUGGUUUGUUCUAUCUUGUUUUCCUUCAGAAAAAAAAUAUUGCUCUCAGGAAGAGAAACCAGUGACGUUCUACAAGUUCGGGCCAAAAAAGACUCAGUCGAUCGCCAUAGAUGUGUCGCUCAACAAGCUGAACAAGUGCAUCAAGGUGGCGUACAAGUGAGACUCCUUCCUUUUGUUUUUGCGAAAAUCGAAAGUUUUCAGUAAGAUGACGACUCCAAAGUGGAAGGAUUUCAAGGGUCUACGGCUUCAUUGGAAGCAGAGAAUCCGUCUGAAUAACGUCAUCUGGCGAGCAUAUUACAUCGAAUGUUCGUGCUUCACUUUUGAUCGCCGUUUUGAAAGUUCAAAAUAAUAUUUGCAGUUCGAAAGAAAACUCCGACAAAAAAGAAAACGCCUUUUUGCUAUUUCGCAGUUCCUGAUGACGAUAUGACGCAUCAGAAAAUCGAGGUGGGCGGCUUUUCAUCGUUUUGUCACCGCUUGAUUUUAAAAAGAGAAACGAGUUUCAGGGCAGUUUAUUGGAAGGAAUGUACUGGAAACGACGGAUGGAGGCCGUCUGCGCCCAAUACAAACGCUGGAGAAUCCGAUCCAAGCAGAAUAUCGUUCACGACAAAUGCCACAGGAGGAAACGGGUACUUUUUUUUGGAGCUUUUUCACUUCAACUUUCAAUUUCCUUUAUUUCUCUGCAGAACUGUCUUGGUUUUAAACUUGAAUCGGUAUGUUUGUGAGAACUUUUUUGAGAAUCUAACUGGUUUUUUCUGAGGUUUGAUUGAUCUAAUAGUUUUAUUGAUUUCUGUUUCAUUUUGUGAAUUUUUAUUAUGACAAAAUCUCCAAACAUUGAAAAAGUUCAUUGUCUUUUUUGUUCGAGUUUGAAAGGUGAGGAUGAAAAUAAUAAGAUCGGGACUGAAAAAAAUGUUUUUUUGCGAAGUUAUUUGUUUGUUCUUUGUUCUUUCACCCUCAAGAUAGACUCUACCCUAAAAAUUAUAUUUGAUUUCGAAUAAAUCGAAAUGAAAAAAAUUUAGAAUUGAAAACUCGGAUAUUUUUUUCGAUUCAGUUUGAGUCCAUUUAACUUUUGCAACCAUUUUUUUGUUUAAUUAAUUUUUUUAAUUUUUUUGUGUUUUCUGUCUAUUUCUGUGACAAGCCUUUUUAUAGGUUUUUCCAUAAGAUAGUCUCUACAAACUAUUCAGAAAAAAACAAAAUGAAAAAGAUGAAAACUUCAAAGUUUGAAUGAAAAUUAAUUAUGGAUCCUCAGUUUAUUGUCGGAGUGGCUUUUCAAUAAUAUGAGAAACUAAAUCAUUGUCGGAUACUGAUAACUCGGAUGCUUUUUGAAUAUAACGCCUGGAAACUAGAAUUGCGAAGAUUUGGUGGUUUGCAGACGGCGUCGGCGACAGGCGACGUGUCCCAGACGCGAGUCGAGGGCGAGCCUCCAAACAAGGUUCGUUGAUCGCAGGAAACAAACAUGUUGACGGUCGGGUGCAGACGCAGCGCAGCCAGACUCCCAAGAACAUGUCCUCCGAGUACUUCGACGUCGACGACUACGAGAAUGUCUUCACGGACGAGCUAUUCGAGUCCCUCAACCAGCCUUACAUGUUUCCCAACCCCAAGGAAAUGUGUAUGUCUCUUUUCCUCCGAUCUUCUGGCCUUUAGCUAAGAGUUUUCAGUGCAAAGCGGUAACGCGGACAUUAUGCAGCCCGGCCUUCUUUCGUUGCAGCCAAGUCUCGAGGAAAUUAUGGCUUCUCUAGGUUCUCUUUAUUAUUUCGAUCGUAGUGUAACAUAUCUUCUCGCAAACAGACACAUUUUUGUCAAGUGUCAUUAGUUAUUCCAAUCUUGUGAAAAUAAAUGACGAAGAUCUUGUCAAAAGUAGUAUAAUUUCGCUUGUUCUGUGUUAUUCGAUUUGGGUUCAUCAACGCUACUUCAUUGCAUGGUAGUUAGAAUCGAACAUAUUAACUUUUUCGGUCUCUAAAAUAUUUUCGAGCUAUCAAGGCGAAAAUUUCUAUGGUAGGCUUUCAAGAGUUUCUGAAGAUAAUCAAUAAAAAAAUUAAUAAUGUCAUAGUAAAUUUUUUUCUCGACUCGAAAGCCGAAAUGUGCAGCUUGGCAAUGGUAACGCGUAGAGUUCACCAAACCGAUCGUUCGACCAAUAUUUUCAUCGUUCAACCAAUAUUUUCAUGACAUGUUACCAAAAAUAUGAUUGAUUAACAUUUCUUGCUACCGAACGAUUAACAUGUCUCAUGAUUAUGAUCUCUCGUUUUUUCGACAUGUCAACAUUUCAUUUAAAUGAGAGAUCAUUUUGAAUCGAUCGUUCAGUUUUCGAUUGAUCGAAAUGUUGUAUUGAAAAUAUUGGUCGAAAUAAUGAUUGAUCGAAAUGUUGUUUUGAAAAUAUUGGUCGAAAAAAUGAUCGAUCAAAAAUUUUUAUGCCUAAAAUAUUGGCCAAAAAAAAUGAUUGAUCGAAAUUUUUUUAUUGGAAAUUUGGUCGAAAAAAAUGAUUGAUCGAAAUGAAUUUUUUUGUUAAAAAAAGUAUGUUUAAAACUACUGUUUAAAAACCGCUUCUCUUUCAAAUGUUCAUCAUAAUUUCUUUUUUGAUUUUUCGUAACGAAAUAUUCAUUUUUUUCAUUUUCAAGUGUUUAUUCGCCAUUCCGCAAUCUGCACGACAAAUACAAAAAAAUAAUACAUCAAAACAAUCAAAUCAAUCAAAUAAAUCUAACAGCUGAUCUGAGUUGAUUAUUUCUACUCGAAUUCAUCAUUAAUUUAACAGGCGACUCACUCCAAAAAUAUCCAUGAAUGUAUUUGUGAACGCAACAAACGUCUUUAAAAAGUCUUCUAGUCCAUAACGUCGAUAGUUUCAGUUUGGCUAAUCUACUGCGAUAAUCUAAUUUCGGAUAUAAUCUUUUGGUAAAUUUUCUCUGAACUGACUAGUUGAUUUAUAUCAUUCAAAUUUAGCGGGCACAUUAGUUCGGAUCCGUACUCAAUGAUAGGCAAGAUUUUGGCUUUAUAGCAUUUUAGAAAGUUAUUUUGAGAGAAAUGAAAACAGCAUCUUUUUUCUGUUUCUCUGUGUUCACUGGUACUAAAAGCAAAAAUUUCUACAAUGCUAUAUAGACUAUAACAAAUAAGUUCAAGAAAAAUGCAAAACUUUAAUUUGUCGGAAAAAAAUUAAAUAUUUUCACCUUUUCACUAGUACUCCGAAAACUUGCCCCGUGUGAGCGAUCUGUUUUGAAAAUCGAUCGCUCAGAAUUUCGAUCGAUCAAAAUUUUAAGCUCAAAAUAUUGGUCAAAAAAAUGAUUGAUCGAAAUGUUGUUUUUGAAAAUAUUGGUUGAAAAAAAAUGAUCGAUCGAAACGUUGUAUUGAAAAUAUUGGUCAAAAAAAUGAUUGAUCGAAAUGUUGUUUUUGUAAAUAUUGGUCGAAAAAAAUGAUUGAUCGAAAUGUUGUAUUGAAAAUAUUGGUCGAAAAAAAUGAUUGAUCGAAAUGUUGUAUUGAAAAAUAUUGGUCGAAAAAAAUGAUCGAUCGAAAUGUUGUAUUGAAUAUAUUGGUCGAAAUAUCGAUAUAUCAAAACGUUAAAAUCCAAUGAUUGAUCAUUAAUGUAAGAGAUCAAAAACUGAUCUAAUAAACGAUCUCUCAAAAAAUGACAUGUUAAAAUUUGGUUGAACAGUGACAUGUCAAUAGUUUGAUCAAUUGAAAUGGUUGAAUGAUCGGUUUGGUGAACUCUAGUAACGCGUCAUUUUGCCAAGCACGAAAAAUGAAUCGAAAUUUUUCUAAAGUUGUUUUUUAGGAGACUUUCCGGAUCCUCCCACUCCAAACAAACCUCACGAAAUAGCCAUUCCUCCGGAACCUCCCUCUCAACCGAUAGUCAGCUUCCUAUUCUGAUUUGUUUACAGCUUCCUGUUUCAGCUGGAUUCAAUGGGACCCCCGCAAGACGUUCCGCGCAGACCUCAGCCUCCGCAGCUCGUCGCGCAGUCACAGACGACUCGUCCGUCGCAGCAAGACUACGUCGCCGCGAGCAUGCUCGUCGACUACAGGUGCCGCUUGGCGACUUUCGCUCCCAACCCCGAUUCUUUCCAGCAACCAGGCAGUCGCGAUGCCGACGCGACAGUCCUCCUCGAUCACGUCGCAGAUGCUGAUGAUGACCGCGACGAGUAGCCAGCCCCUCUAUUCUCAUGCUCAGUUCCAGAGCCUCAGGAAUCAAUCGCUCAGCACUUCUCCUUGGAAACAGAACAAUUUUCUGGUAACUUUUUUCUUUUUUGGAAAACUAGUCUUCUGUGAUAUAACUAUAAAGUGGUAUUAAAAAAAGUGAAAAGAAAGGCCUUGAGAUUGUGCAUACUCUGCGAAUGUUUCAUUAAUGGAUGAUAUGAAUUUUUUCCCAUUUAUCUCUAAUAUUUCGUAGGAAAACUCGAGCUCAAAAAAGUAUAUUUGGAUUUUUUUUUUGGGUAAUUUGUUAAAAAGCUCAGUUCAGUGCAUCAGAUUAUUGAGAAAAAGAUUAUCUUAGUUUGAAAUCAAAUAUCUGAGAAGAAUGAGCCGAAUUGGAUUUGAACAUUCAGGUCUCGCUGCCAGGAACAAGUGGAUCGAACGAGCUGGACCCUAAACCGCUGGGUGUGCACGUCGGAAGCCAUUCUGACUACAUGCCGCAGUUUCUCAGUUCGCCAUCCCUCGCUUCUCAAAACGCGAUGGUCCUUUCUCCUCUCGUGUUCUUGUAGAAUCGCGGUUGCAGAUGGCGCCGGCCAAGUCCUGGUGGCUGGAUUCGCCCCUGACGGCCAGCGUCCAAAGUCCGUUGUCCGUCGCGACGCCACUGUCGCUCUCCAACCACCACGGACCCGCGACGCCGCUCAGUCAUCUGCUUCCAGGUCUGACAGCUCUGCGAUAUUUGUGUGACGGCUGCUGCGUUUUUGGUUGAUAAAAAAUACUAGAAUGCUUCGAUAAGCUUUUAAAUCGGUAUACGAAAGAUUGUUUUCAAUUUUUUUACCUAUUGGAAUAUAUUUCCAAGUGGGAAGCGAAGUUUUCCUACGCGGUUUGCGAUUUUCUUAGUUUCUUAGAACUGUCGACUAAACUCUGACUUUUUCUGCCUAUUUCUUGAAAAUUCUUCAAUCAAAUCAAACAAUAUCAAAGCAAUAAUGUGAUAUCCAAGGUUCUGACUUUUUUUUUUCUCAAACACUUUGAGAUUCCAAAAGCAUUUUAAAAUUUUGAAUACCGCUCAACGUUCAAAAAACUUAUCUUUUCUUCUUCAACUCUGGUUGACACUACUGAUUUUGUGUAGACACUCCAAGUCAGAAAUCAAUAAGUUUCAUUCAUGUCCUCAUGACCAAAAAUGGGGAGAGAAAAUUUGAAAUCCUGAGGAAACCUAUACAUUUCCCAUCUUUUUUAGGUCCAUCCACACCGCCGACUAUCCUACUGGCGAUGAGCGAUUCCGUCGGAAGCAGCAAAAUGAACGACGAUUCGGACCUGUGCAAUCCGAUGAGCGUCGUCAACAAAUUGGGAUCUCUCGCCUACCGACUCGAGCAGCCUCCUAUUGUUUUAGCUCAAAAGGUCAUUUCUCUUAUUUUAUUUUUGAUGAAGAGCUUAAAAAGCAAACGAUCGAAUAUUUUUUUAAGUCAGACAUCAAAAAGGUGGCAUCACACGAAAUGAACCUUUUGGAAGACAAGAAAAGUCUUUAAAAAGUUUACUUUGGAACACCCGAUGUAACUAGUAAGAUAGGAAGUUUCAUAUUCUAGGCUUCAAUUUCCUUAAGGUUCUCUGGUAAUGUUCAAUGAACUUGAAAGUUUUCACAGAUCUCAAUCUUCGAAAGUCUGAUUGCGAUUACUUUGUUGCAGGAACAGAUGUACUCAUCGCCUCUGGAACGCAAGUCCACUAACGACUGGAACGUGGCGAAUCAGCGGAUUCGGACAUCUUCGUUGUGUCUGGACAACGUGGCCUCGCCGACAGCGUCGUGGAAAGUAUUCUGAUCGAAGUCUGCAAGAAGUUAUUAUCUCGGUAUUAAGUUCUCUCCUGCGAUCGAUCCAUCCUCCCUCUACCAACACACCUCGGCGUUCACAGCCGGCACUUCGGUUGUGCGGAGCCUGGCCAAUACCAACGCUCCGACGCCGCAGUCGGUGUUGUCCAACGUCUCCGAAGACGACAUGUCGAGCUCAAUCGCUGACGCUGCCCUAUAUAGAGGCACCUCUCUGAGCUCAAACUCCGUUCCAACUACGCCGGCUGAGAAGGUCGAGUUGAAGGAAGAACCGAUGUUACUGAGCGCGCCGUCUAGUGUGAAACCGGCCAGAGGCAGCAGACAGGUUUCUCGACCGAAUAUCAGACUGAUGACUUUUUUGGGUUCAUUCACAGGUGCAGGCCGACUCCACGUUGCAUCCUGAAGAGCGCAAGAGAAUCUUACAUCUUCAUGCAGAGCAAAACCGCAGAAGCGCUCUGAAAGAUGGCUUUGAUCAGUUGAUGGAAAUGGUGAGAUUUCUCGAACUCACCUCUAUUUAUUUUGAGUUUGUGUGUGAUUUCAUUUAACCGAGUCCAAAAAACAUCAUUGAACAAAUAGUAUAAACUGAGCCCAAAAAGCUAUCCCUGAUUAAUUCGCGCCAAAUAGCCAACAGUCGCGUCAAAGUGUGGUCCUUGGACAAUGUUUUCAAACAUUACAAAACUCACAUCCAGAACUUUUCUUUUUUCCUCUCUGCUCUUAAACUUAUUUGAGAACGAAAGUUCUGUAUUAAGGUACCCAAUUUGUACUCGGGAGGAGUGAAACCAACGAACGCUGUAGUCUUGGCCAAGGCCGCUGACCACAUCCGACGUCUUCAAUCUAGCCGCGAGUCGCAGUCCCAGGAAAUUGAAGACGCAAAAUCGCGCAUCGAGCGUUUGAAUCACAAAAUAGCGUAAAAAUUGAUAUCAAUUUCUGAAGAAACGGUCUUUUUCAGAGCGUUGCAGUCGAAUUUGCCGGCGUCCGCGGGGUCUUCAAGUCGAGUCGACUCGAAAACUGCUCUGGAGAGUUUCUUCGAACGCUAUGUCAAGGAGGGUUCGCGCAAGGAUUGGCGCUUCUGGGUGGUUGGUGACGUCAUGAAGCGUGCCAUAGGGCUGAGUUUCUUUUUGAAGAUGUGCCGCAUGCUGCAGUCCAUCAGCGCCGGGACUCCUGCUUCUUUUGCAAGUAACAUUGCCGGCGAAGGAGCUUCGCGUGAAGAGGUGCGGUUGAAAAAAGCAUUAACAUUUUCUUUUAAACAUUUUAUAUAUAAAAGCGGGAAACUAGAAUAUUUCGAGUUUUUUUUUCUCGCGUUUUGAAUUUUAAUUUCAUAUGAAAAUAUGAACAAUUUUUUUUAUUUUUUUUUAUUUCUCCACUUAAAUUCCGGUAGAAAAUUAGUAUCCAUUUUGAAGAAACCUAUUUUGUUGACAAAAUGUACAUUCUGAACAAUCCACGAUUCCAGAUUUCUGCGACGUGUUCAGAUUGGUUCGAAAAGCAUUGGAAAGCCUCUGAACUGCGGCCACUCGCCAGCACUUUGCUGGUUCGUCUGUUUUUAAACAAUAUGGAUUGGAUGAUAAUGUAACAACGCAUUUUUUGAUUCAAUAUUCAAUAGAUUUCCCAACGUCUAUUUCCUCACUCUUUCAUGAUGAUUACUUGCCAUUUCCAAAGCCCAGCAAUGGUUUUUCUUCGUCAAUAUUUUUAUGAAUCAGGCAUCACAAGGUUCCGCAUGGGGGGUGGGGGGGCGAAGUAGCAGCUCCCCAAACCUUUAUUUUCAUCUUGAGAUUGCCAAAUUUUUUCAGGUACACCUGGCGACCAAUACGAAUGUCCUCACGGAUCCUCAAAGCCUUCAGGACUAUGUCAUACAGCAGUUGAAGAGUCCUCUUUAG